AUGUCAGCAACGUUCCCGGGUCUCGUCCAUGAUCCUGAGAUACGUCAUGAUGGAUCAAACAGCUAUCGUCUGAUGCAGCUGGGAUGUCUGGAAUCAGUGGCAAAUUCUACAGUCGCCUAUUCAUCCUCAUCCCCUUUAACCUACUCCGCGAAUGGAACCGAUUUUACUUCACCUUAUUUCUCCACAAACCACCAGUACACCCCUCUCCAUCACCAGUCCUUCCACUAUGAGUUCCAGCACAGCCACCCGGCAGUCAACCCAGAUGCUUACUCAUUGAAUAGCCUCCAUCAUACCCAACAAUAUUACCAACAGAUCCAUCAUGGAGAACCUGCAGACUUUAUCAAUCUUCACAAUGCCCGGACUCUCAAGUCCUCUUGCCUGGAUGAGCAGAGGCGAGAGCUGGGCUGCUUGGAAGCUUACCGCCGACACGACCUGUCUCUUAUGAGCCAUGGCUCCCAGUAUAGCAUGCUCCCAGACCAAAGACUUCUGUCAGGUCCAAAUCUAGGGCUACCACCUCCAGGAUCUGAUGACAUACAGAACUCAGUGGAGGCACAGUGUGGAUUAGUUUUAAACGGUCAAGGCGGAGUAAUACGGAGAGGUAGCACCUGUGUUGUAAAUCCUACAGACCUGUUUUGUUCUGUUCCUGGACGUCUGUCUCUACUCAGUUCCACUUCCAAAUAUAAAGUGACCAUUGCAGAAGUGAAAAGGCGCCUGUCACCACCAGAAUGUCUCAAUGCUUCUCUUUUGGGAGGAAUCUUACGAAGAGCAAAAUCUAAGAAUGGGGGGCGGUGUUUACGAGAGAAGUUGGACCGAUUGGGACUGAACUUACCGGCUGGCAGGCGGAAAGCAGCCAACGUCACCCUGCUAACCUCAUUGGUUGAAGGCGAGGCCCUCCACUUGGCCCGGGAUUUUGGCUAUACGUGCGAGACAGAGUUUCCUGCCAAAGCAGUGGGGGAGCAACUAGCCCGACAACAUCUUGAACCCAAAGAACAAACGCCAAGGAAAAAGAUGAUUCUAGCAACCAAGCAAAUCUGUAAGGAAUUUCAGGACCUAUUAAGUCAAGAAAGAUCACCCCUGGGAUCCUCAAGACCGACUCCAAUUCUAGACCUCGAUAUUCAGAGACAUUUAACACACUUUAGCCUCAUCACACAUGGAUUUGGUACCCCAGCCAUCUGUGCUGCCCUCAGCAGCUUCCAAACUGUCCUCAGUGAAAUGCUCAACUACCUGGAUAAGCACACAGUUACUAAAAACGGAGGCUCACCAGAGAAUGGUCAGGGCAAUGGCAACACAGAAAAGGCAUCACUGCGGAAGAGCUUGGAGUCAUCUCAAAAAGAUGGCAAAAUUGAGAAGACAGAAUGA